AUGUCUUCAACCCCCGCAAAAUCCCCGCAGGGACCAUCACUCUCCAAUAACGACCCCAGCACAGAUCCCAAUAUGCUCACAGCACACGGUGAUUCGGCCUCACGGUCUGGCGACCAGGAUCAUCCAGAUUCCCCCCUGCCGAUCGUCCAAACUCAACCGCAAAUUCAGACUCGAGGCGAGCAUGCAUAUGAAUAUGAACAACACGAAUACAAUUGUGAAAGCGGUAGUGAAGUCGAAACCCAAGAACCAUUGACAGAGUCUGAGCCUCGUCCUAUAGAGGACUACGAAGACACUAUUGCUGCAGCUUCCCGACCCCGCCAUGCAUGGCAGGUUUGGUGGUUGCGCAAUAAGGGAAUGGGACUGGUUCUAUUGGCGCAGAUGUUCGCCGCUUCGAUGAAUGUCAUGACACAAGUCCUUGAGAUCCAUAGUGCCAUGCAUCCUUUCCAGAUCCUCUUCGCUCGCAUGUCCAUAACGGCAGUCGCAAGUUAUCUAUAUAUGUACUGGGCCUCAACACCCCAUCCACUAGGAACCCGUCCUGUUAGGGGCCUCCUCAUGCUCCGCGCGGUAUGUGGCUUUACAGGCGUCUACGGACUGUACUACUCUGUGCAGUACCUGCCGCUCUCCGAAGCAACCGUGAUCACCUUCCUUGCGCCGAUCAUGACCUGUUACGCAUGUUCGCUGCUCAUCCCCGGCGAGACCUUCUCCCGGAAGCAGCAACUAGCAGCACUGGUCUCCCUCGCCGGCGUCGUGCUCAUCGCCCGCCCCUUCAGCAAGCGUGAGCCGCACACCGCUAUCGCAACUCCAACCGCCGCUGCCACCUGGAUGCUGGGCCUGUCGGCCUCGGGGGCUGAUGAAACCCCCUCUGACACGGACUCUUACCACCAUGUCAUGGCGACGAUUGUCGCCUUUGUGGGUGUGCUCGGCGCCGCUGGCGCUUAUACCUCUAUCCGUAUGAUCGGCCGUCGGGCGCAUCCUCUUGUCUCAGUCACCUAUUUCUCGUCUGUCACUACUGUGAUCUCGUUCGUUGCUAUGGCAGUGGUGCCUUCGGUACCGUUCCGCUUGCCUAACACGGCGGUCGAGUGGUCGUUGCUGACGGGCCUCGGGGUUUGCGGGUUCUUGUUGCAGUUCCUGUUGACGGCGGGUUUGUCGUAUGUCCCACCUGCGUCGGUUUCCAAUGGCAAGCCAGUGUCGCAGGGGUCGCGUGCUACGUCGAUGGUGUAUACGCAGAUGCUUUUCGCGGUCUUUUACGACAAGGUUGUCUGGGGUAGUACACUUAGUCCUAUCAGUUGGGUUGGCUCUGGGGUUAUUUUGGCCUGUGCAGUCUAUGUGGCUACUGCGCAGGAAGGUCCUGCUCCCCGGAGAGAGGAGACUCCAGUGCAAGAAGAGUAUCGGGACUCCGAAGGGUACAAGGACGCCACUGACGAGGAGAGAGCGGAGGCGUCUGCAGGGCGAGAAUGUGGGCAUUGA